AUAUUCGAACAAGGUAUGUCGAACGAAAACGGAAUUUCCAAGUUUGAAGCCGAGAGCGACUUGCCGUUGACCUCUAAUAUUUUACAAGAACGUGUCCAAGAACGCCUUCGCGCUAUAGAGCGCAGGCAUCAAAUCGAGGCUGGUCCUCCUGGCAUGAAUUUGCCCGGACCAACUGGAUUUAGCGCUGGGGAAUCUGCUCAGCCUCCAUCUCAUCCUCAUCAGCAUGGCGGGGCCGGUGUGUCGAUUCCCCCACCAAGUUCUGAUGAUUACGGCCCGGCUGGAGGCAUGAGAGGCGGAGGUGGAGAGUGGAGAUGGGGUCGCGGCCGCGGUGGAGGCGGUAGUUUCUUUGAGGAUAGAGGUCGCGGAUGGAUGGAUCGUGGCCCACGUGGAGGGGGAGGUAGAGGUCCUGGGCGAGGGGGUCCAAUUCGGUGGGGUCGCGGAGGUUGGGAAGAUCGUCGUAUGGGAGGGCGUGGUGGUGGAGGUUAUCGGUAA